AUGACUAUGAAUCAUCCAACCAACAAUAUCAGGUUUGUCAAUAUUUUCUAAAUUUUGGAUUUAAUUCUACCGUUAGUUAGUGAAUUUUAAGCUGGCGGGAAUAUUUCCCAUUUUUGCCACGUCAUGAUUCAUUUUAGAAGACACACAAAUUACUGUAAAUCAUAAACGUUGCAAAGAUCUAAUUGAUUUUUGCGGAGAGUUAUAACUUUUGCAAUUUAAAAAUUAAUAUCUUUCAGAGCCAUAAGUAUUGGAAAAUCGGCGAAUAAUUCAAUUGUAAUUCGAAAUCGAAGCCAAACUGAAAUUGUAUCAGUGGAAAGAAAACGAGUCAGUUAUCGAAGUUCAGAAAAGGUAGGCCAGAUUUUGGGGGAUUUUUCACAAUGCUUCACGUUUAAACUUUCAAAAAAAAAUCAAUUGAAAUUGAAAUUUUUGAGAGUUGACUCGUGAAAUUUCGAAGUUUAUCUAAUUAUUCAGAUUUCCAUCUUCAACUUAAAAAAUAAUAAUUUCCAGCCAACCCACGUGUUCAAUUCUCAAAAACCUCCAAUCUCCGCUGCUCCAACUCUCCUUCCAUCUUACCGUAAUCGAGCCUCUUCUAAUGCAAAUUCAAAACCAACAGUAAUUUAUAUCAAAUCACAAUAA